AAAAGGAAGAGAGAGAGCGAACGAAAGCGCGCCCUUUCCGUGCUCGUGUUCAAUUUGAACGAAGUUAGCAGUCUCAGUCUACUUUAUAAAUCCGACCGUUGCUGCAAAAUCUUCGUCUCAGUUCAACUUCCUUCAGUCCGAAGAAAAAAGAAAUACAGUUUCUCUGUUUUGCGGCUCUUUCUUUCUAGAGUCUUCGUUCUUUAUUUCUUUGCUGGGUCUUAUUCCUCUACUGUUCCAUUAAUUGAUCGAUCGAUCGAUAUCAAUGGGGAUGAAGCAAGAGAAAAGCCAGGGAAAGGGUCGCCGGAAGAUUGAGAUAAAGAAGAUUGAAAGCAAGAACAGUCGAUUUGUCACCUUCUCCAAACGGAGAGUUGGGAUUUUCAGUAAGGCCAGCGAACUCAGCAUCCUCUGUGGUGCCGAGAUUGCCGUCCUUAUCUUCUCUCCUACUGGGAAGAAAGUUUUCAAUUUCGGCAGCCCCUCUUUCACAUCUGUUCUGGACAGGUUUCUCAACCAUCAGAACUCUGCUCCAUCACCAUCUGUGGCCGCCAGUGCCGGUGCUGGUGCGGGAGACGUUGACGCUCUGCAGUUGGAGUACAUGGAGCUGCUGAAACAGUUGGAAGCAGAGAAGAUCCGAUCCUCUGAACUCAUCAAGAAACCGUCAGAAGAAGAGGAACCACGGUGGUGGGAAGCACCAAUCCAUCCUGAUAUGGGAUUGGUUGAGCUUCAACGGUUGAAGAAGAGUAUGGUGGAGCUCCGAGACAACGUGGCCGAACGGGUUAGCAAAUUAAUGGCCACCAACCCUGUCUCAUCUGCUCCAUCUCCUUCCUUAAGUGAAUUGGAAUUGGAUGAUUCUGCAAAUGCUGCUGUACCAGUUCCAAAUCCCAGUUAUGAUGAUGAUGAUAUUUCUUCAAUCUUCUUCCCACUCGAAUAUGACGAUUUUACUUUGGGAGACCUGCUGGAUUUUUCUGCUAGUGGCGGGCCUUUUCUGCAAGAUUGGGAUAGCAUUUAGUCGUCCCUCUUUUAUUAAUUUCAAAAUUCCAGUAGCGAUCCAUUGAUGUUACUUGUAAAAAGUAUCAGUUCUAUUCAUUGUAUUAUUGAAUUCUUGAAUUGUUGGAAUAAAAAGAAACAAUUUUUUUGAA